GCCAUCAAAUUGGUGCUUUCAUUGAGAGCGAGAGGAACAUACUCGUAGGUUAACUCCCGGAAGCGAGAAUGGUGCAAACAAGGAGCAACGUCCCUACCACAAGCCACGUCGGCGGCAAAGAGAACGCGCCGGGCAGCGGCAACGGCACGGGAGGCAUCGGCUCGACUCCGGACGCGGUCCAGGCGCUGUUCGGCCUGGGGGUGACCACGGAGCAGCUUCAGGCGGCCGUUGCGGCACUUUCCGCCAUGGGCGGAAACGUGCCCGGCACCGGAGCUGGAAAAGCUCCGCCCGGUCCCCACGCCGAACACGCUGCCACUUCCCAGCACAAGGGGAAGAAGACCCGGAAGAGUAGAAGGAGGCCCUGCAAGGCCCCGGCGAUCGAGGAGAGGCUACCUUACUCCCACCUGCUCAACAUAUGCAUCCGCAAGGGAGAAAAGGUCCGCGACUUCAUAGUCCGGUGGGAGAAGGAAGCCAGAGACGUGCACGGGGCGGAUGACCAAGCGUUGGUUGCCAUGUUCCAAGCAGCCCUUCCCCGCGGAGAGGUGAGGAAGGAGCUCCGCAAGAAUCCUCCCCCCACGUACCAAGAGACCUUGGCGCGCGCAAAGUUCAUAGCCUCGGAGGAGUUCGACGACGCCCCAGACUCCGAGGCCGCGCCGGCCAAGCGAGCUCCAGCGGACUCGGGAGAGACCGCGAAGAAGAGGAAGAAGAAGAAAGACUAUACCGCGGGCCUGAGGACGCUCUCGGCCGGAGUGUACUCCGUGGGCGUCCCCGUGGGGACGGGUCGAGAGCUUGCCCUCUCCCCGCUCCCCCACGUAGAGGCUUACGCGGUGUCCAGCGGAGCCAAGUAUUGCGAGUACCAUCACGAUGCGUCUACCCCCUCCCGGGGGCCGCCGGAAGAAAGAACUUGGAGGAAGCCGACUAAGCCAGUCGCAGUGGCGACGAAGGCAAUGAACCCCGAGAAGAGGCACAUCGGGCGGGAGUGCGACGAUCUAGACGAAGACGAAGCCCAAGGAUAUCCGGUGGGAUUUAUCCAUGGGGGAAACAUUGGCGGGGACUCCGUCGCUCAGAGGAAGAGGUGGAAGCACAUGGCCUUUGUCGCCAAGGUCCAUCAGGCGCCGGCGCCCAAGCUCGGAAGACGAGAGCAGAUCCAAUUCACGGAGAAGGAUCUUCCGAACACGCCGAGUCCCCACCGGGAUGCCUUAGUCGUGAAGAUAGAGAUCAACGACGCCAUAGUACACCGCACCUUGGUGGACACGGGAAGCUCAGUCAACAUAAUGUAUGAGAAAACAUUCCAAGACCUCGGUUUGAACCGCAAGGACUUAAGGCCUGUGCGCACUCCUCUCUCCGGAUUCACGGGGGACUCCAUCGAGGCUGAGGGAGUUAUCGCCGUGCUCGUGAUAGUAGGGGAUGGUGCGCACAAGGCCAAGCUGAAGAUGGAGUUUAUGGUUGUGAGCAUCAACUGUGCGCAUAACAUGAUUCUGGGACGGCCCGGCCUUGAGGACUUGGAAUGUGUGAUCUCCUCGUACUACUUGUGCAUGAAGUUCCCCACUCCGUCCGGGAUCGGGGUGGCGAGGGGAGACCAGAAGUUAGCUCGAUCGUGCUACGUCCGAAUCACGAAGAAGUUACCAAGGGAUGAGACGCUGGUCGUGCACGCGCAGGAGGAAAUGCGCAAGCUGGAAGCUCGGCCGAAGGUCGAGCCCGCCGAGGAAGUCGAGGAAGUGCCGCUCGACCUGCAGAUACCCGAGCGGAAGGUUAAGGUCGGGGCGAGCCUGACGACGAGCCAGCGGAGGCGCUUGGUGGACGUGCUCGCCGCCUACCGCGUGAUCUUCGCGUGGGGACCUGGGGAUAUGCCGGGGGUGGACCCCAAGAUCAUAUGCCACCGGUUGGCAGUCAACCCGGAGUCUAGGCCGGUGAAGCAUAAGAAGCGUUUCCUCUCGUCCGAGCGGAGGGAGUUUGUCUCCAAGGAAGUGACCACCCUCCAGAGCAUUGGGCAUAUCAGAGAAGUCAAGGGAUGUAGGUCAAACAUUCGUGCUCGGCACGCCUCCUCAGGAGAAGAGCCGAGCGCAGACCAUACCCGGAUGCUCUUCCCGGAUGAAGGUCUAACUUUCCUACUCGGCGCUCCUCCUCAGGGGAAGAUCCGAGCGCAGACCAUACCCGGACGUUUUUUCCGGAUGGAGGUCAAACAUUCGUGCUCGGCACUCCCCCUCAAGGGAAGAGCCGAGCGCAGACCAUAUCCGGAUGCUCUUCCCGGAUAAAGGUCUAACCUUCGUGCUCGGCACUCCUCCUCAGGGGAAGAGCCGAGCGCAGACCAUACCCCGACGUUUUUCCUGGACAGUCAAACAUUCGUGCUCGGCACUCCACCUCAGGGGAAGAGCCGAGCGCGAACCUGUGCUCAACACACCCCCUUGGGAGGAGGGCGGAGCGCAACCCUUAAGGCUAAUGGC